GUUGAAGAGGUAAGGUAGCUACGCAGAUUGUCAACAAAACUACGUUUUUUCCAUAGGAAUAAUGCUUGAGUGUCAGCUUGAAAUUAAAUACUUCUAUAAAUGUACAUACUUAAGUGAAUGCAUUAACUUAACACAACUAAAAACCUAUCUUGGCAUGACUCAUUCAGUGUAUGUUUACUUUAUGCGGUUCUUUAACAAAAGAAAAUACGGAAAAUAACAAUGCCAGUUUAGAUCCUAGUUUUGUGUUAUGCAAAAAUACCUGUUAAUAUUGUCAUUCUGGAAGAACGGAAGACAAUUGCAUUGCUUGCCUCUGGUGACCCUUGACACAGUUUCGCGAAGUUGAGGCGAUUUUGAAAAACAUUAGAACUAGCACGUAGUACCUCCUUCAAUCAAGGCAUUAUUAAAGGGAUAUUUCACUAGUCAAGUCCAUUUUAUUUUUCCCACUAGGGGAAAUUUGUUUGUAGACAGGUAUUAAAACACAUUCAAUCAUAAAUACUACAUAAACAGCAUACCUGACACCACACAGAGACCACAAUACAAUUAAUUACAGUACAAGGAUCACUACAUAAACAGCACUCGGACUAAAAUGUUAACGUUUAAUAUCAGCUAGCAAAAUAAAAAUGGCCAAUCAUCUGCACAUGCAAGUCAAUGCAACCUAAGUCAUUAUAUUUCAGCCAAUUCCUAAUGAUGUCAGUGAGGCGGCUGUUCCUCAAUUGUCAGGUAACGGGAAACCGUUACCGGGUCGUCCGCGAGGUCACCACUCGGCCUGACAGUGUGGUUCAGCAUGCAGACAACGAGUGGGAGGCAGAGGGGCAUCCGGUGUUCUCCCGUGCUGGAAUAGGGGCGUUCUUCCAAGACAGACCAGUGCUGAAGAACCCCUUCCUAGAAGAUGCACUGCUUAAAAGCUACCUUAGGAGACAUGUUCCUCAUCAGGCUGUGUUGUCAGACCUGUGUCAGUUUGGGGAGAAGUUGUCUACGGAGGUGGAUGGGUGGGGUCGGGAGUGUGAGGUCACGCCUCCUACGCUUGUGCACUUUGAUCCCUGGGGUCGCCGCGUCGACCACAUAGUGACCUCUCCCGCCUGGGGACGCAUGAAGGACCUUUCCGCAAAGGAGGGGAUGGUUGCUAUUGGAUACGAGAGGACCUAUGGCGAGUGGAGCCGUGUGUACCAGAUGAGUAAGCUGUACAUGUACUCUCCUUCCUCUGGCCUCUUCACCUGUCCUCUGGCCAUGACUGAUGGAGCUGCCAAAGUCAUGCAGUCUCUGGGAGUGCCCUGGACUGUGGAGGAGGCUUUCGGCCGCUUGACCAGCCGUGACCCUGACAGGUUCUGGACGUCCGGCCAGUGGAUGACCGAACGAAGGGGAGGUUCUGACGUGGGAAGUGGGACUGAGACGGUGGCAGUGCGGCAGGGAGAUGGCUCGUACAAGCUACACGGCUUCAAGUGGUUCACGUCCGCAACCGACGCGGAUGUGACCCUCACCCUGGCCAGAGUCCAGGACAGAAAAGGAUCCACCACACAGGGCAGCAGAGGGUUGUCUCUCUUCUAUGCGGAGGUGAGCCGGGAUCAGGACGGCCUGCUGAGGGGCAUCGAGGUCCAGAGGCUGAAGGACAAGCUGGGCACCAGACAGAUGCCCACAGCUGAGCUGCUGCUGGACGGCCUGCCCGCACACAAGUUGUCAGAAGACGGAAGGGGCGUGGCCUCCAUCGCCAACAUGCUGACGGUGACUCGGAUCCACAACAGUGUGGCGGCAGUAGGAGCCAUGAGGAGGGUGGUCCAGCUGUCUCGCGACUAUGCCACCCGCCGCACUGCCUUUGGGAAGCUCCUGAAGGAGCACCCUCUCCACAUGCAGACGUUGGCCAGGCUGGAGGUGGAGACUCGCGGGGCCUUCCUGCUCGUCAUGGACGUGUGCCGCCUGAUUGGCCGAGAGGAAACUGGACACGCCUCCCAGCUGGAGGCCCACCUCUUGCGCUUGCUCACACCUGUGGCCAAACUCUACACUGGGAAACAGGCGGUUGCUGUGGUGUCAGAGGGUCUGGAGAGUUUCGGGGGACAGGGCUACAUUGAAGACACCGGGUUACCAGGACUACUCAGGGAUGCACAGGUGUUAAGCAUCUGGGAGGGGACGACCAACGUGCUGUCCCUGGACGUGCUGCGCUGUGUGGCUCGCAGCUCCGGGCAGGUUCUCCAGGCCUACUUCACCUACACCAAGACCCUGCUGGAGGCGGCCUCUGGUGUCCCUGCCCUGGCCCCGGCCGUGGCGGCUGUAGACAGCGCCCUCUCUGGACUGGGGGUCUUUGUGCAGGCAGCAGCCAGCAGGCCUCCCAGCUACCUGCAGCUGGCGGCUAGAGACUUGGCAUACAGUCUGGCUCGCAUCUACAUGGGUGCUCUGCUUAUUGACCAUGCCUCCUGGGAGGAAGCCUGUUCUACUGAUGUCUAUGCAGCACUCAGGUGGUGUGAGCAGGACUUGUGUCCAGUGGUCAGCCAGGAGAAAAGAGGUUGUUACGAACCCAGGACCCCGCCCCUUGAUGCUGCUUUGGUCUACGGGGAACCAAUCUGUGACUGAGUACCUCCAAAUGAGCCAAUCACAUCCUAUUUUUAUGCUGCCUUAAAAUGGACAUUUAAGUGUAAUGACACACCCUUAUGUCAGCCUUCAUGUGAUCCACCAGAAAUUACUCUCUGGUGAAAAGUUGUGGAUAUGGGAUUUUUCAUGAUUAUAUUCCUUUUGGAGACAAAAUUUACCAUUAUACCAAAAAUAGUACUUUUCCAAUGCCGUGAACUGUGAAAUUAAAAUGUUAUUUAAUCUGA